CUCUAGCAUUCUCUAAAGGAUGUCUCUCAGUGGGUCCAAGGCACAUAUUACUGUGUGUGUGAUUUGGGAACAGCGUCCUGAUUAAACAUGCUUCUCGUGGUAGAAGAUAAGACACGGUCUUGGUGGCAGAGCUUGAUAUGGAUGUGCAUCUCCACUGGUUUGGUAUCUUUCGCUGCUGCUUAUUCUCAUGGUGGAAGUCUUGCUGCUUGCUCUGACAUGAGGCCCAAGCACAUCCGAGCUCAGUCCCAGAACCCCAGGAAGAACUACAUUACCAUCCAUACCAACCACUCCUUCUAUCUACCUGGAGACAGUGUUCCUGUAACAGUAAGAAGCACCAGGGAUUUUAUGGGCUUUUUCCUUCAAGCUCGUAGAGUAUUGAAUGACCAAGUUGCUGGAUCCUUUGUGUUUAUUCCACCUGGCUCUAAGCUAUUGCGCUGCUUUGAAGAUGGAGACACAGUGACCCAUUCAGACAAGUCCUUGAAAAGAAAUCUGUCUUUUGUGUGGAAGUCACCCGAUCAGCCGGUUGGAGACAUUAAAUUCUUUGUAUCAGUAGUUCAGUCAUACUUUGUUUACUGGGCACGAAUUGAGUCUGCCAUUGUGUCUGGUCACAUGCUGAGGACGACUUCAGAGAUCUCAGAAAUCUCAGAUAUGGAAACAACUUCAGUUCUUGAAUCAAGAAGUUCUAGCCCAUUGCCUUAUACAGGGGUGCCAUUUUUAAUCAGUUCUUCUAAAACCAAGCCACCAGAAACUCUGCUCUACACUAUAUCAGGAAAAGGCAAACAUACUCCGUCUGAUGUCCUCUCUAGUAGUAGUGCAUCAACAUCUGUUGUGGCGUCCACCAAAAAGGUUCCUGCAUCUAGAAUGGACUCAUCCUUUAAGUUUCCUGUGUCAACAGCUCCUCAGACUUUAUCAUCACAGAAAAGGACAUUAAAUCACAGCACUGAAAGCAGGAACCAGUAUGAUCUUCAAGGACCUUCACCAACCUUGUGUUCUUCUUGUCAACAUAAAAGUGAGAUGGUGUCUUCUUAUAUUAGACUGUCUUCACCAACAUCAUCUUUGCCUCCUGAUUUACUUUCUGUGUUCCCAAUAUCACCUUCACCAACCCAAGAUAUACAGGUGAAUCCCACUGAGUUCACUUUACAAGAGUCACAAAGCCAGUUUUUGCCUCCAUUAACAACAGGAGAGGAAAGACACAAACCCACCAAUGAGGUGGCAGCAAAUUUUUUGCAGCAACCAGAAUCUGCAUCAUCUGGCAAAAAUAUUGAGGUUGAGGAAAGUACAUCUCCACUGGUGACAAAGACUGUUCAUGAAACUGGCAAAGGGGGAGAAAAGGGCAGAGGGAUGCAUCUUGCCAUGACACAGCUGGGCAUCCUUCUGGGUUGCUCUGUAGUACUUGGGAUGUCCUUAGCUGCUGGCCUGCGCUGCAUCCAUGCCCAAUACUGCCAUAAACGGACGGAAGUGUCCUUCAGCGAACCAGAUGACAAUGUCAUUACAUUGAGGGAAAGUGGAGAAAUGAUGCAUUUCAAAAAGAUCAGAGAAAACAGCUUUGUGCUGGUUCAAGCAGAGUACAACUGGAUUACUCCGGCACUAAGUGCAAAAACACAGUAGUCCUCUAUUCUAAAUGAGUAAUUGAUAAAUAGAUAUUUUAGGUUUCUAUUGUGUUUUAGAAGACUAAACUGUGGUUUUAUGUCUACUUUAUGCCAUGCCACUUCAGUUAUUUUAUUAGAGUACAAUAUGUGUACUCCUCUUAGUGUUUUAUCUAUGGAGAUAACGGAGUUGGCAGUUCUCAGUUGUGAUGUGUUUGUCUGAACAAGUAAAAUGAAGUGAUUCCUUGUG